GAAGCCCAUGCCAAGCCAUGGCUCUCAUCCCUCUCUCUGUGGUUCCCACCAACCUCUCCCCCACUCUCUCCCUCCCCAUUCCUCCCUUUGUCGCCAUUCCCUUCUCAUUCCGCUGACCUUUCUACCUGUCGUCAUCCCCUGACGUUCCCCCUUUCCAUUCCCCUUGAUCCUUCUCCGAAUCCGCUUCCGUGGAUCACCCCUUUUCCUCCUCUUUUUCCUCUUUCUGGAAACCCUAGUCUUGUUUAUCUCUCUGCACGGGCGAUCCGGCACCUGGCGCGUUUUCUGCUGGUGCCGGUGGCGGAUGAUAAUGGCGGAUUGUGAAUUAGGGUUUUGUGAGCUGUUGCUUCGCUGGAGAUCGUGAGAAGUUGUGCCGGGCGUUCUUGAGAUAUAUCUGCUGCUUAGAAAAGAUGGCUGAGAGUUUUGAUGCAAGUUUUUAUCCUGGAAGCACGUCUGAUGAUAGCUACCAUGAAAAAACACAUUUUGAGCCCAUUUAUGAGUCUUUUCUGUGCCCCCUUACAAAGCAGAUUAUGCAUGAUCCUGUAACCAUAGAGAGUGGACGGACUUUUGAGCGAGAAGCAAUUGAGAAGUGGUUCAAGGAAUGUAGAGACAGUGGAAGAAAGCCCAUGUGUCCAUUGACUCUGCGAGUAUUGAAUAAUACUGACCUCAACCCUAGCAUUGCUAUUCGAAACACAAUUGAGGAAUGGACCAAGAGAAAUGAUGCUGCUUGGCUUGAUAAUUGCUGUAGAUCUCUUACUCCUGGAAGCUCAGAAAAUGCUAUUUUGCAAGGCCUAGACCAUAUUAUUGGCUUUUGCAUGAAAAGCAGAUCAAACAAGGAAGUUGUGCGAAACUUAGAGCUGAUACCACAAAUUGCUGAAAUGUUAAAGAAUAGCAACACUAAAGUAAGGUGUAAAGCACUAGAAACUCUUCGUAUUGUGGCAGAAGAAGAUAUUGAGAAUAAGGAAGCUAUGGCUGCUGGGGAUACCAUAAGGACCAUUGUAAAAUUCUUGUCACAUGAUCAUUCACAGGAGAGGGAGGAGGCUGUUUCUUUGUUGUGUGAGCUUUCAAAGUCUGAAUCUUUGUGUGAGAAGAUUGGUGGAGUUAAUGGUGCUAUCCUUAUCUUGGUUGGGAUGUCAAGUAGUAAAUCUGAAAAUAUUAUAGCAGUCGAGAAAGCUGAACACACUCUGGAGAAUUUGGAGAGGUGCGAGAAAAAUGUGAAGCAAAUGGCUGAAAAUGGUCGUUUGCAGCCUCUUCUAAAACUACUCCUUGAAGGUUCAUCUGAGACAAGGUUGUCAAUGGCUGCAUUUCUUGGGGACAUUGUACUGAGCAAUGAUGUGAAAGUCUUUGUUGCCCAAACUGCUGGGUCAUCCCUGAUUGAUAUUCUGAGAAGUGGAAACAUGCAGGCCCGAGACGCCGCUCUCAAAGCACUGAACCAAAUGUCAUCGCAUGAUAUGAGUGCUAAGUUAUUAAUUGAAGCAGGAAUUCUCCCUCCGCUCGUCAAAGAUCUUUUCACUGUUGGUGCAAAUCAUCUUCCCAUGAAGCUUAAAGAGGUCUCUGCAACAAUUCUUGCUAAUAUUGUUGCCUCAGGUGCUGAUUUUGAAUCCAUUUCAGUCGGUCAGAAUGACCAGACAAUGGUUUCCGAAGACAUUGUCCACAACCUUCUCCACCUCAUUAGCAACACUGGUCCUGCAAUUGAGUGCAAGCUUCUUCAAAUCCUUGCUGGCCUCACUAACUCUUCGGCAACAGUAGUAAGUAUUGUUUCGGCCAUUAAGAGCUCUGGUGCUACUGUUAGUCUGAUUCAGUUCAUUGAGGCUCCUCAGAGAGAAAUACGUGUUGCUUCCCUAAAGCUUCUACACAAUAUAUCACCAUUCAUGGGUCAAGAGCUUGCUGAAGCCCUAUGUGCUACAGCUGGACAGCUGGGCAGCCUGAUUAAGGUGAUAUCAGAGAACAAUGGAAUCUCGGAAGAACAGGCAUCCGCUGUUGGUCUGUUGGCUUCUCUUCCUGAGAGGGACUCAGGUCUUACCCGACGACUCUUGGAUGAGGGUGCAUUUGAUGUUGUCAUUUCUAGGGUGAUGAGAAUACGACAAGGGAUAACUCGGGGAAACCGUUUUUACACUCCUUUCCUUGAAGGACUCAUUGGAGUUCUUUCAAGGCUCACAUAUGUCUUACAAGACGAGGCUGAGAUCAUGAACAUUGUUCGUGAACACAAGCUCGCCGAACUCUUUGUAGAUAUGCUUCAGAUGAACGGGCCUGAUAAGGUACAAAUAUCUUCUGCAUUGGCGUUGGAGAAUCUCUCUGAGCAAACCAAAGUCCUUACACGAAUGCCUGAAGUUGCAGAACCUGGAAUAUGUUGCUCUAUCUUUCCCUGUUUAGGCAAGCCACCUGAAGUAAUUGGAUUGUGCCUGGUGCACCAUGGUUUCUGUUCACUGAAGGAGAGUUUCUGCCUCUUGGAUGGUAAAGCAGUUGAACGGUUGGUCGCAUGUUUGGAACACUCAAAUGAGAAGGUGGUCGAGGCUGCCCUGGCUGCGCUUUGCACUCUGUUGGCUGAUGGGGUGGACAUCGAAAAAGGAGUGGCAGUAUUGGUCGAGGCAGAGGGGAUCCAACCGAUACUAGAUGUUCUUGUUGAAAACCGAACAGAGGUCCUCCGGUAUCGAGCAGUUUGGGCGGUCGAAAGGAUUCUUAGGACAGAGGAAAUAGCCUAUCAGGUUUCGGCAGAUCAAAGAGUGGGAACGGCUCUUGUAGAGGCUUUUCGGCAUGGGGAUUACCGGACAAAGCAAACUGCAGAGCGCGCGCUGAAGCACAUUGACAGAUUGCCGAACUUUUCAGGUAUAUUUCCAAAGAUGGGUUGAUGAUGCAAUGCCGAAUUGUGGGAACCCUGGCAAGAGUGUAUAUUUUAUUUUUCUUUUUUAUUGGAUUUAUUUUGCUUCACGAAGUGGUGUAGGUUCUGUAUCUAUAGAAUGCUGUUCAUUUGUUCAUGGAAUUGUAUCAUGAGUUCUUGUGCAAAUAUUUUGUUUUGUUGUGCAUGCUGUCAUCAAAUGUUAUAAAGGUGUGUUAGGAGGCAUUCGGCAAUUAUUUGACAUUGUAAUUCUCACAGGGUGAUGCUUUGACAGUGCAGUUCUCAA